AUGUUGGCCCGCGCGGCCCCGAUCCACCAUCCGGUCAAAAUUGGGAUGAGCAUGGAGCACGAUACCUUAAGGUUUGAUGCGGUCAGCGAGACCGGUGGUGUCCGAGUCGAGAGCAAGGUGAACGAGACCGGGCGGAUGUGCGACGAUUGCACGGGCUGGAUCGCGUCGUGGUGGACUAUCUGGUCCAUGAACACGAUCAAGCAGGUGUGGUUCAGGUCGCCGUUCGAUAUGCGCAUGUACGCUGACCAUGCCAGGCUCCUCGGCAUGCUUUUGUCGUUGGACACGAUGUUCAUCGGCGAAUGCGUCGGGUUCGCCGUCGAGGACUCCCUGCGCCCCUGGUUCCAGAUUCUCUUGACUCACCAGCUGAACAUGUCCACCGUUCCCUGCCCCGCGCUUACCACUCUGCACGUAUGGCUGGGCAAGUCGUCCAUCAACCCCGACAUCAUUACCACGUUUGUGGCGACGCGAGCCCAGCUGGGCCUUCCCAUAAAACGCCUCCUCGUCGAGUGCCACGAGCAGUCGCCGUUUGAUAAGUCCUUCGAUUGGGCGGUCACCCAUCCCCAUGUCGACGCGGUCGAGUUCCUGGUGUCGCGGACCACUCCUGGGAUGGGGCUUCUGGAUUCGUGUGUCACAGAGCCACACGAAUAUUGGCCUGCUUGGUAG